ACUCAGUUGGUGGCUGGUUCCUAUUUAUGCGGCUGCAUCAGCUCAGUUCUUCAGACAAGCAUAACAUUUACUUUGUCCUUUUGUGCUUCCCGAGCCAUCGACCACUUUUACUGUGAUGACCGUCCACUUCAGAGGCUAUCUUGUUCUGAUCUCUACUUUCAUAACAUGGUUACGUUUUUCUUAUGCAGCAUUAUUAUUUUGCCUACGAUAAUUGUCAUUAUUGUGUCCUAUAUGUAUAUUGUGUCCACAGUUCUAAAGAUAAGAUCCACUGAGGGACGUAAGAAAGCAUUCUCCACUUGCAGCUCUCACCUGGGAGUCGUGAGUGUGUUGUACGGUGCUGUGAUUUUUAUGUAUUUCAUCCCUGAUAGAUUUCCUGAGCUGAGUAAAGUGGCCUCGUUAUGUUACACCCUAGUCACUCCCAUGCUGAAUCCUUUGAUUUAUUCUCUGAGAAACAAAGAUGUCAAAGAAGCUUUGAGAAAGAUUCUGGGGAAAAAAAUACUUCUAUUUAAUUCUAUCUUAACAGUGACAUAA